AUGCGAAAUUGCCGAUGCGUUUCCCCGGGGAAAGGGAGGGACCUACAAGGGAACAUGGGAUUUGAGCCGUGGCUCUCCAUGAUGGACGUCUUGGGACAUCCCAAGACUCGGGUGUUCAUCAGUCGAUGUGGAGGAGGGAGCGUGAUGGAAUCCCUCUACAACGGAGUGCCUGUCGGGAUUCCCCGGCGACCAUUUCGAGAUGUGUGCGCUUCUGCGAAGGCAGGGACUCGGGCACACGUUGAACAAGAUUAA